GAUUGGGCCGGGGUGGCCACGCUCGCGCCACAGCGUCGUCGAUAUGCGGGGUCUCCACGUGCCAAGCCACGCGCCCCCAGAGUUCCACAGACCGGCGUCCGCCGCUUGACUUGUUGAGGAUCGUUGUGCGGUCGCCGUUGGCUUUGGCAGGCCAGAAUGGCCGUGACGGUUCCGCCAUCAACAGCUCAUUCCGCUCCCAUUGCCUCGGUAUCUUUCCAAUCUGCGGGCUUGUCGGUCGCGUUCCCUUGGCGGCUGUAUUGGACGGCUGCGCAAGUGGCACCUGCCAAAACAACAUAUAGCACAGAGCCAUCCUGGUUGCUGUGCUGAUCCGCAGCCAUUAUUCCCUCAUACCUUUCUGACACUUCUGCCUUUACCUUCUCUUCACCAUGGCGGACCUUUCAGUUGUCGGCAAGCACAAUCACGCAACGAUGGAGGACGUGGAGAAGAGCCCGACCAAGACCUCCGGGGACGAGUUUGAGUGCGAGUUCACCCCGAGGGAACAGAAGCACAUCAUCCACCGCGUCGAUCGUCGGCUGGUCGUAACGGUUGGAAUUCUCUAUUGCAUCAGUUUGAUGGACCGGACGAACUUGAGUGCGGCUGCGAUUGCUGGUAUGACCAAGGAGUUGAAUCUCGGCGUCUUGAUUGGCACAGUGUCCCGAUACUCAGUCGUCACCCUGGUCUUCUUCACCACUUAUGUCGUCUUCCAGCCUCCGGCCACCAUCAUCGUGCGAAAGCUCGGGCCGAGAAUUUUCUUGUCCGUCAUAGUAGUAUUAUGGGGUGCGGUCAUGCUCGGGAUGGGCUUCGUCAACGACUGGGAGUCUCUCGCUGCGCUUCGCGUUGUUUUGGGUAUACUUGAAGCUGGUUUCUUCCCGAGUUGCGUCUACCUGCUCAGCACGUGGUACACGAGGUACGACGUUGGCAAGCGAUAUUCGUGCUUCUAUAUCCUCGGAAGUUUGGCCUCGGCGUGCGCCGGUAUUUUGGCUUAUGGCCUUAUGCAGAUGAAGGGCCUCCAAGGUUACGCCGGUUGGAGAUGGAUCUUUAUCGUCGAGGGAGCGUUAACCAUGUUCCUUGGUAUUGGAGGCUAUUUCGCGAUUGUGGACUUCCCGGAUAAGGCGCAUAAAUCGCUCUGGUUCCUGAACGAGCGUGAGACCAAGUACAUCAUGGAUAGGGUGAACAGGGACCGUGGAGACGCGAACAUCCAGCCAUUCUCCGCCGCUAAGUUCCUCCGUGCCGGGCUUGACAUUAAAAUCUGGGGUUAUGCAAUGAUCUUCUUCAACACGACUACCGUGUCGUACGCGCUCGCCUACUUCCUUCCGAUCAUCUUGACGGAGAAUAUGGGCUUCUCAGUCGGCGCUGCGCAAUGUCUCGUCGCUCCACCCUAUGCAUUCGCAGCUAUCGUCAUGUUCACGACCGGAUAUAUCGGCGACAAGUACAAGAUGCGCGGCCCCAUCAUCGCCUUUAAUAUGCUCCUCUGCCUAAUCGGCCUCCCAAUCAUGGGCUUCCACAGUAACGCGGCUGUCCGGUAUUUCGGCGUCUUCCUCACCACAGCCGGCGCGAACUCGAACGUCCCAGCGACCAUGGCGUACCAGGCGAACAACAUCCGAGGCCAGUGGAAGCGCGCUUUCUGCUCAGCGACGCUUGUCGGCUUUGGCGGAAUCGGAGGAAUUGCAGGUGGCCUGGUGUUCAGGUCUCAGGACGCUCCUGACUACCAUCCUGGUCUGUACGCUUGCAUCGCAACCAGCUUGCUCACGCUCGUCAUUCUUGCGAUCACGACGGUGGUGUUUGUUAUCCAGAACAAGCGCGCUGCACGGGGAGAGAUCGAGCUUGAGGACAGCGAUGAGGACCAUCAGCGUGGAUUCAGAUAUACCAUCUGAGCUGGUCGCGCGGCUGACGGAUGCCUUACGCCUUUGUAUACGGCGAGUACUGAGUGGACCUCGGCUACGGAUCGUGUUAUGACACUGAAUGGCGAAUGGCGACGACCUGUACCUAGUGAUUACUGAUCCUGGCAUGGCU